AGAAGGACCUGCAGAUCCUAAAGCGGGCGGAGGGGGACCCCCAGAAGGAGCCCCGCCAGCGGCAGCCAGUGCCGGGGGGGCAGCGCGGCCCCCACCGCCUCGGCCGCCUCCUCCGAGUUCAUGCUGCCGCCCCCCGAGGACGCGGGCAAGGACAUCAUCCCCGUCUACUGCUCCAUCCUGGCCGCCGUGGUGGUGGGGCUCCUCGCCUACGUGGCCUUCAAGUGCUGGCACACGUGCAGGCAGAAGCAGCAGCUGGCCAAGGCGCGCGCCGGGGAGCUGGGGACGGUGCCCGAGGGCGAGAAGCUGCACAGCGACAGCGGCGUCUUCCUGGACACCCACAGCCUGCAGGAGCCCCACCAGCUGGGCAAGGCACCCCGUCCCGAGGGGCGUCCCUACGGCGCGGUGCCGCCGCAGCGGCAGGAGGAGGUGGAGAGGCUGCUGGAGAGCGGGGGUCCCGGCGGCGACUGGCGCAGCCUGGCCGCCCGCCUGGGCUACGGGGACGAAGCCAUCGGCACCUUCGCCCGCGGCCAGGCCCCCGCCCGCACCCUGCUCGCCGCCUGGGCGGCCACCGAAGGGGCCACGCUGGAAGCCCUGUGCCUGGCCCUGGCCGCCGUGGGACGCCAGGACGUGGCCGAGCGCCUGGCGGGGCCCGGGGACGCCAGCUCCAUGGUGUGAGCGCGCCCCCCACAACGGCCGUCUGGGGACACGGCGAGGAUCUGGGGACGCCGAGACCCUCGGGGACGCGGCCCCGCGGGGACGGGCGAGCCCCCGGCCGCCAGCAGCG